AUGGCACCCACUGGUGUCGCGCAGACACAGACGCUCCACCGGCGUGGCAAAAAGACUCCCACCAAGGAAUCUGCCCCUGAAGUCGAAGAGGUGGAGGAAGUCGAGGAGAUUAACCCAGAGGCAGGGAACCGGCCCUUGAGCUCCUCGCCCCCCAGAAAGUGCCCAGCGCAUGGGAUGGCCAAGGGGUUCCUGUCAGGUACCGAGGGAAUCUUUGGCCCAGAGGCCAGCAUCUUUGGCCCCAGCAGGUCUGCCUUGAAGAAUGGACAGGAACAGGGUGGGCGGUGCCCGAUGCGAAGCCUGGGCGAGGCCAAGGGGAUCUUGGGGAAGCUGAAGUGGGGUUUGUGGAACUGCUGGGUGACGAUGACCAACCCGCUGGAUGAGCUGGACCCGACACCUGUGCGGCUUCCUGAAGGCAUGACUAUGGAGGAGGCCAUGAAGAAGUGCCCCCACCUGGCGGAGAAGGUCAAGGCAGCCCAGGCGGCAGAGGCCAAGGGCAACCAGGGGGGCAAAGUUGGCAGCUCAGGGCGGUGUCCUCACUCCGAGGGGGGUGGCGACAAAGGCAGCAGGGCCAAGGGUGAGGAGGACAAGGUGGGGGGUUCGGGGCAGUGCCCUCACUCCAAAGAGGCUGGUGACAAUGGUGCCCAGGUCAAGGGCAGGGAUGGGGCAAGGGGGAGGGCAACAGGUGCCCCUACCAGAAUCAGGAGGCAUAUGAGUGGCCGAUGCGAGCCGUGA